AUGUGCAGGGAGUCAUCGCAGGUAUCGUGGAUCAGGCACCGCGACCUGCACAUCCUAUCAGUGGGCGCCGUGACCUACACCAGCGACGACAGGUUCCAGGUUGUGCCCGACCAGACGACGGGUGACUGGGCCAUGCGCCUGAUGUACGCGAGACCCCGCGACUCGGGCCAGUACGACUGUCAGGUCUCCGCUACGCCAGCGUAUGGCCGCACUUUUCAUCUCGAGGUCGUCGAACCUCAAGCAGAAGUUCUGCGCGCCCCUGAGAUGCAUGUGGGAGUUGGAUCCCUCAUCAACCUUACGUGCGUGGUCCCUUACUCCCCCGAGACUCCCGAAUACCUCCACUGGUACCACAAGGAGCGGAUGGUGCGUGAGGAUGGUCAGCGCGUAUGGAUGCGCACCACUCUGGGCCACAAGUCCAUCAGUCAGCUCGUCGUGAAGGACGCUCGGCCAUCUGACUCUGGCCUAUACACCUGCAGCCCUGCGCACUCCAGAGAGCAUUCCAUCACUGUGCAUGUGCUCACAGCGGGCGAGUACCCAGCAGCGAUGCAGGGAGGGUCGUCCGUGACAUGCGCCCCGCACUGGCGGCUCCUCCGCCUCAUGGCCGCUCCGCUGCUCACGCUGCUCAUCGCUUCCCACAAACCUUAUUUUUAUAUGUAAUUAAAUAAAGUGUUUCUUUUUA